UGUACGAAAAUGCGAACUUGUUUCAGUUGGUGUUGGAAUUGAUCUUUAAAACGGGGUUCCGCACGAAGGAGGCCUUGAAAAAUAUGGACAGCGUCUUCCUGGUGCUCAACACGGACGAGGACAGGAGAAUAGCGACGAUGCGGCGGGACAUCGUCACUCUCACGAACGGCUUUCACACGUUCGAAUCCUGGGGGCAGUCGGACUCCUUUUCCCAGCACGAUUCCGAGAAGGCGAAAAACAUGAACGCGAUUUGCCGCCGCUUGCGGCACAACUGCUCGGUCGGCGGCCAGGACACGGGCGACACGAGUGUGCCGGACGAAACGGCGCAGCGGAACCUACUGGACCUCGGUCUGAUGCGCGCGAUUUCCGCCGCGAUAAGCAUCCCGAUCACGGAGUUUCAAGGCGAGGGUUUGAACGUGUUGAAAGAGAUGAUGAAGGAGGUCACGGGGCUCCUGACCAUGUUUGUCUACGACAACAAGCGAAACCAGCAUGCGGCUUUCGAGCACCUCCCCACACUGCGCAUAUCAAAUGCAAAAAUGUGUGGGUCUGGAAACUUGUGAUGCUGGGUGGCGUAUCAUGAGGAGGCCACAAGUGCUGGCUCAGCAUGGCAAAUUUUUGAGCUUCCAGGUGUUGCCUAUUCUGCAUGAAAGGGACACGCCGUUGGGUCGUCCGCCAUCGUGAUAGGAUCGCCGUGUCUGAUCAUUCGACCCCCUGUAUGCUUUUUAGCGCGCAACCGGUCACAGAAGUAAGUCUUAGAGCAAGUUUGUAAGACUAACCCAUCAAGGCAAUACUGGAGCUCCACCGUGCUCGCGGGCUUGGAUGGUAAGGCAGGUCAGCCACACAUAGCGCCCACUGGCUGUAGCCAUGCGUAAGCAAUCGAUAGCAGUUUUGCAGGUGCAGCCGGGUGGUAGUUAGGAAGUGGGCCGGGUCCCCACGACCUAGGGGCAUCGGCAGAGGCUAAAUGUGUUCUAGCGCCCAGGUAUUGGCAGAGGCUAAAUCUGUUCUAACGCCAACCCGCCAGGAGUUAAAUGGUACUACUACUACUACUGCAUGACAGAAAAAUGGUGCUCUUGGGUAACGUGCAUGACUACAGAUUCGAGAGUCAUGCCAGACAAGCAUGACAAACAUGCAUUCUCCCAGACCCAGACAUUUUUGCAGUUGAUAGCGCACCUGGUUUAACUACGGCGUCGGCAUGGCAAACCCCAUCGCAAGUAUUUUCCGCAACAACCGGGAGCUGUGCGAGAAGGUCCCCGUGGCUCUGAUCUACGACUUCGCUUUCGCGCUGCAGGCCCGGUCCCGCGGCUUCUUGCCGCACCAGCUGGCGUUUUUCCACUCGAUCCUGGUGGUGGGGGACCGAAAAAUCAACCGAAACGCGGAUAUUCUAGCGGAAAUCCUGUCGAAGCCAAGGUUUGAUAAGGUUCUCCACUGCUUGUUCGACUCCGACGGGCGGAAGAAACGCCGGAGCAUGCUGCGGAAGUUUGCGAGUUUGGAGGAAUUGUCGAAGCCCGAGCCGUAUGAAUUGCAAAAGUAUCGUACUCGUAUAAACGCAUUACAAAUUUCCUCAGCAUGUUGAUAAAUAAAAUUUGUAAAAAUGCGGAUAUACCUAAGGAAAAAGAUUUGUAAUGCAUGGGCGCAAUUACUACGAGUACGAGACUUUUGCACAGGAUAAGCCGUUCCGAAAGUGGAACGGCGACGACGCCGAGCUUGUCUACUCCGUGAAGUCGGUCGAGCUUCUCAGCUUGAUUUGCCUCGGCCAGGGUGACGGCGGACGGUCCAGCUUCGUGGUGAACAUGAUUUCGCCAGACUCACUGACGGUCCAGUACAUGGAAGUCCAUGAGACCGUCUACAUUACCACCGAGCCGGUCGGCGGCCAGCCCUCGAUCUCCAAGGCCGCACAGGAGAUGGCCCGGGUGUUACAGGGCGCGAUGCUGGACCUGAUGUCCAACUGCUACUACGAGACGGAAGUAAGGGACGACCGGUUCUGGAAUUCGGAUAUUCACUUGUAUCUACUCGAACUGCUCACCACGGAAAUUGACAAAAUCUUCAACGUAUCAACUGCAACUAUGUCUGGGGCUGGGAGAUUGCGAGACUUGUCAUGCUAGUCUGGCAUGACUCUGAGCUCUCUAUUACGUGGCCGCGAAGAGCUCCGCUUGCCCGUCAUGCAAAAACGCAGUCUCUCGUGCGGAGUACGCAACUCAGAACCACAGCAAAACUUGUCAUGCUGGGCAGCGCAUUACAGUGCUUUCACUGUACAACUCCCUUCCCUGCAACACAGGUUUCCAGACCCAGACAUGUUUGCAUUUGAUACAACGUGAGUGCAAAGAACCGCCCGGUCACGGACAGCGAGGAGAUUUUCGUCCACAGGGUGCUCCGCGCGCUAAACAACUACGUGCAGUGGGCGAUGAGCAUCACGGAGAAGCACGGCACCACGCACAAGGGCAUCCUGGAUUUGUGCUAUCCUGAGUAAAAACGUCCCCACACCAGAGUUGUCAUGCAGAUUUGCAAUGACAGGAACAUUUGUAAUGCGCAUCGCCAGGAGAGGCAUUUUUAGUCGUGUUUUGGAAUUUGUAAUGUUGUAAACAGGAUGAGCAGAUGGAUUUCUGAUGCAGCUGGCCAUGCGAACCUGCACUAAACUACGGACUGCAACUUGUGACGCGUGACCCUCAAAAGUUCUAGGUUUGUGUUGCAAAAUCCCCAUCUUGACUAGGUUUGUGUUGCAAAAUCCGCCGCAUUUUUUUAAAAAAUUGCCGGUUGCAGCGGCAUCUAACUCGAAGUUUGACAAAGCACUUUAUAAGAAAAAGCACUUCGUAAAGAAAAGCACUUCGUAAAGAAAAGCACUUCGUAAAACAAAACGUAGUCAUGUAAAGCAGCACGGCAGAUACUUCAACAUACUAGCAGUGUGCGGGGGGGGCCAAUGUGGUCCCCCCCACGCGCUGCGCCUAUAAAUAAAACACGCCAGGGAAUUUUCUUUUUUUUCCAGCAGAGGCUGGCUGUGGGACUUGGGGCAAUGCCGGGGAUUAGAAAUGCAAAUAUGAUGGCAGUGCGUUUCUACUCUUAAGUAUCCUGCUUCAAACAUGUUUUAUUUUUUUUUGGCCUUUUGUCACGCUCUUUGUCAUUGUCUUUGGAUUAGUACCGCGUCACACAAUUGCACAAGUAUUUAGAAAACAUCAUGGAAAAUGGCACGCGGAGUCGGAAACAUUGAAAACGACGCCGAGCUCGACGGAGCCGCAUGAAGGGCGGCGGGGGGUUGGAAGAUCUGCGCGCGUUGUCGGGGCCACAGAAAGAGGAAGACCAGGCCGCGGGGCAUACGCACGCGGGGGAGGAGGGGGAAAACGGAGGCGAAACGAGAACAAGGGGCGCAGUACGAAAACGGAUCGAGAACCAACAUGCUGGAGCAGGGGACAAGAGCGGAAAAGUAAGAAAUCGGGAAAAAAAAGCCGUAUACCUGCGCAAUUCCUUACAUGUGAAUAACAUGGUGGGCGGGAGGGGUUCUUCACAUUUUUGGAAACGCCCACCGCCCCGACUAGAAUAACUGAAUGAUGAAAAAAUUGGGGGCAGGGCAAAAAAAAAAUCCCCAUCUUGACUCUGGUGUGGGGAUGUUUUUACUCAGGAUUUGUGCAGGGGCCGGAUGAGCGGGCUGCUGAAGCAGAUUCAGAACCGGGAGUUGCCCAUCAGCAAGGACGUGUUUCUGAUCGAGAACAAGCGGCUAAUCGCCUGGAUCGAGGGUUCCGACGCGAAAGACCAACUUCGCAUUCCGUCCGGGGUCAUCACCGGCACGGCGAACAAGGGCCAGCAGGGCAACAGGAAGUCCUCCAGCUCCUCCUCCUCCGACAGUCAUCAUGGCGACCUGAAGCACAGUCGCGGGCGGUACACGCGGUUUCUGUCGCAGUUGAAGCACUCGCCACUGGUGAAGCACGAACUGCAGCGGGAAUCGGACCUCUUGAUCGCGAAGAUGAUUUCCAUCGACCAGUACACCGAUCCGACCAACGCGCAGUUUCAGUCGGCGAAAAAGCUGUCCAUGGCCACGGGGCAGCCGAUCGGGUGCGACUACCGCCGGAUCAAGAUCAAACUCGAAGAUUUGGUCGACCGCAUGGUGCGCCACUGCAUGCAGAUCAUGGGCGAGAUUAGUGGCAUGCCGACGAUCUUGCGAGUGUACGAGCUGCUAAAUUUGAUCAUCGACUACUGUGAUAUUAGUUCGGGCAGUACUACUACGAACGCCAUGUACACCCUGGUCGAGUGUCAAACCAUUUUCACGAAAGCCGGCGUGGUGCGGCUGAUCAUCGAGACCUUGAUGCUCAAGCCGGACGCACACAUCACGCAGAAAGCGCUUUCCUUAUGGCGUUCUCAAACGUUACAUUCUCGACUUGUACAUGAAAUCUGUCAUGCAAGAAUGGCAAGAGUGAAAGGGAAAAGAUCGGCCCUUUUGCAUUACAGGUUUGGAGCAGAUUAUAAUGGUAUCUAGCGCGUCGAGAAGUUGUCAUGCGGAGAAGGCUUGAUCGUGUGCAGAGCGAUAGUAUUUUUGCAUGACAAAUCAUGUAACAGUUGAGAAUGUAACAUUUGAGAACGCCAUACUCCUUGGGGAUUUCCAUGCUGCGGCCGAACAACGAAACCGUGCAGCAGGCCUUCACCUAUCACAGGAAAAAAGUGUAUACAGUUACACAUUUGUUGGAGUUUCUGCAUCACAGAGUGGCUCGUCAUGGCAAAGAAAACCUGUAAUGUGCAGACUAUAAGGGAAAACACGAAUGAAAUGAGAUAGGCAAGCAUGUCCUGCAUGACAGAGGUUGUCUGUCUUGCUUGUCUCCCAUUGGAGUGUGUAACUGUAACACUUUUUUCCCACGAUAUCACCGAGGUGUUCUACAGUACGGACGAUUCCGGACUCUGGUCGGUCUUCUGCACGAUUUACGACCAAAUUCUGAACAACUUGAAACCCGUCCGGACGCUGAAGAAGGUGCAGCGGAAGUACGAGCAGAAGCGGGCCCAGGUUCGCAAGGAGCGGCCGGACUUGGCCGCGCAAUUGGACGAGGUGUCUGACUCGGCCUUGACCAGCGAAGAGCAAGAGUAUUUGCAAAUCUGGUCCGAUAUCCUACCGAAAAAAGCAUAAUGAAACCAUGUUGAUUUCUUGAUGUGAAGAUGCAAAUCGAAGUCGACUCAUGCUGAAAAUUUACCACGUGCAGCAUGCCAUGUGUGUGCGCUCCCGCCUCAUGGCAAACCCGCUUCCUGUGUCGUGCAACUACGAUCUAUAUUUUCGCAUGACUUUCACAUCAAGUCGAAGUUGUCUUCUGCGCCGUUUUUCGGUGUGAUCUCUGAGCAGGUCGAGAGCUGCUGCAAGUGCAUUGAGUUCCAGCAGAAACUGUCCGAGGGGCACAACCUAACCAUGCAGAACUACACCUACAACCAGCACGACAACUCGGCUAUUACAAUGAAAAAUGCCCCCACCCCCGAACUUGGGAGCAUUUGUAUUGCAAACCUUUCCAAAUGAAACAUUCGCCCUCUUGCAUCUAUCAGCAUCACAGAUCUCCAAUCGUGAAUAGCAAAAAUUUGUAUUGCAAAAUACCCCAGCAAGAGCGGCGCUUGUCGUGCAAGCGAUGCGAUAGAUACACACCUAGGCUCUGCAUCAGAAAGAUUCAUACUCCUUUCAUGCAUGACAAAAAGUUUUCAUUUGGAAACUUCGCAUCACAAAUUUUUGCAAUUUCAGGGUUGGGGGGCACUUUUCGCUGUAAUAUCGGCGUCAGUGAAUUUUGUGGAAAAAACUGUGGACUUAUUUGUGAAAUUGACCAAGUCCCGGGAAAUUGUGGACGACCUAGACGAAGAAGAGCUAAUAUGCAUUGCGAACACCAAUUAUAUCCCUGGAUGUCUGGAAGGUUGCAACUUGUCAUGCUAAGUCUUGGAUGAUCAUGCAAAAGUCUGUGUUGCAUGAUUACCAAAAGUUGUUCACUUUUGACCAGGUUAAGAGGCAGUUUCUCAUGCAGGAUAGGCCUGAUAGAGAUCUCACUCUCACAGCAUUGGUCAUGUUAGGCGCUGGCGCAUUCCAGCCCUCAUGGGUCAUGGAAAACUGGCAUCAUAACUCGUGCAUUCUUCCAAACUACCCGCCAGACAUAUUUUUUGCAUUUGAUAGCUAGCGCUCGCCUGCAACAGCCUGGAUCUGAUCAUCGAAGUCUUGCAAGGGCCGUGCGCGAGGAACCAGGUGUACGUGUCUGUGUCCGGGCUGGUGGAGCAAAUCAACAAAAUUCUCCGCUGGCCCUUCGCGAACAUCGUCGAUUUGAACGACGUAUGAUCCUGUGCAAAAGUAUCGUACUCGUACUGUAAUUGCAGUAGUUAUGCAGGACAAAUCUCUUACUCUUUCUCGAGGCAAAUCGGCAUUACAUAAUGCUGAGGUAAUUUCAUAUUCAUUUGUAUUGCAAUUUACGCUAGUCGCGCGAUACUCUUGUAUCAAUGCAUACGACGGCGAUCAGUACCCGGACAGCGUGCGCGAGCUGAAGUACAAGUGCUGUCUCUGUUUGAACUGUCUGCUGGAACUUCGUCCGGACACAGAAGUUAUCCACUGGAAGAACCAUGUCUGGGUCUGGAAACUCGUACUGCUGGGUUUGGAAUAUUAGUGUAUCAUGCUCUCUAGUAAAAAUGCACAGCCAAGCAUGUUGAGAAAUAUCAUCUGCGCUGCUUUUUAGUGUUGCGUUUUCCGCGUGACGGACUGCGUUUUUGCGUGGCAGUACAUACAUAGAUACAAAAGGGUCUGCUCGUCUUCUUGGACACGCAUUGUCACAAAGAACAACUCUUCAGUCAUGGCAAAAGACAAGCCUGAAGACCACAAACCUUCGUAUCCUUCCAGACCCGGUGGACAUGAUUGCGAUGCAUAGAAGUGCACCGAAAUAUCAUCCACCGCGUGGACAUUUCCACCUUUCAAAACCGAGUCAUUUUUGCGCACCGCUAUUUCUUGUCCGAGGUGCUGAACUGCGGACCCACAAUAUCCUGAAGAAAAACGUCCCCACACCAGCGUCAAGAUGGAAAAUCUGCUAGACAAAUCAGCCAGCUUUGGUUGUUUCGCAUGACAGGUCUAUCCUCGUAGUGUAGUCGUGUUUAGGUAGUUUACCAGCGUCACAGAUCUAGCAUAUCGUGCUGGUUAUAGCAUCAUAAAUUCCAAAACACGACUAGGGAAUGCGAGUGCCUCUCAUGGCGCUCCGCAUGAGAAACUUUUUUGGCGUGCAGAUUUGCAUCACAACUCCGGGGUGGCGGUGGGGACGUUUUAUCUCAGAAUACACAAAUCUAGAGGCCUUCGACGAGCCGGACACUAAACUGAAGCUCCCCAAUAUCGCAAGAAAUGCGUGUUACAGUUACACAUUGUGUUGCAGGCAGAGCGAGACAGACAAGCUCUGUCAUGCCGGGUAUGCAUAGGAGCGUUGUUUCAUACGCGUUUUCAUUCCCGUAGGAGUCACAACAAAUGUGUAACUGUAACACUUUUUUCGUGUGAUACCCAAUAAGUCGCCACAGUUGGUGGUGGAAAACUUUACGAAUGAUUUAGGCAUUGCAGGAGCAACAGUAUCUUCUGAUAUUAGUAGCAAUUGCUAGAAGUGCUCGUGGUCCUCACAAAAAUACGAGAAAUAGAACUUGCAUGCAAUCAUGUUGUUGACGUUUGGAAAAUGGUCAUGUAGGAAUAUAAUUGCAGUUGCUACUAUGAAUUAAGUAGGUGCAUGAAAAAUACUUUUGCAGAGGAUAUGGUCAGUUGCAAGACUAUUUCGGCUAUGGAUUGUAAAAAUGUCUGGGUCUGGAAGAUUGUCAGAUUUGUCAUGCAGCUUUUCCAUGACCCACGAGGUCUGGAAUGCAGGGCCUAGCAUGACAGAUUCUAUGCGAUCUCUCUCAUGCCUACCCUGCAUGAGAAACUCCCUCCCGACUUGGUCAAAACUGGGCCACUUUUGGUAAUCAUGCAACACUGAUUUUUGCAUGCUUCAGAUUUAGCAUGACAAGUUGCAUUCUUCCAGACCCACACACUUUCACAUUUGAUAUCGGCGAGGCCUGGGAGCUGAUCAUGGUGAUGAACCAAUUGUCUGAAGCGGACGAGUAUGCACUGCAAAAAUGUCGGGGUCUGGAAGGAUGGAACUUGUAAUGCUUAUUCUGGAUCGUGCAAAAAUCUGUGUUGCAUGAAUGCCAAAAGUUGUCCACUUUUGACCAAGUUGAGAGGAAGUCUCUCAUGCAGGAUAGGCAUGAUAGGGAUCUCACAGGAUCUGUCAUGCUAGGUCCUGCAUUCCAGACGAUGCAGCUCAUGGAAAAUAUGCAUGACAAGUCUCACAAUCUUCCAGACCCAGACAUUUUCGCAUUUGAUAACGAGGACUUCAAAAAGGCCGCAAGACCAAACUUCGCGCUGGCCGAGAAGCAGUUUGGCCCACUGGACUUCGCCAACGACAGCGAGCGGCAAACCGCGGAAAACGCCCGGACGUACGUAUCGCGAGGGAAAAUCCUCCCUUCCCAUAUCAAGAUGGAAAUCUGUGAUGCAGAUUUUUGGUCACAAUGCUAUAAGGGCAAUAAAGUUGCGGACUGUAGUGCUGGGUGGUGUGGGAAAGCCUUGCAUAUUCAGCAUGACAGGUGGCAGCUGGAAUUGGGACACAGCAUGACAAAUUAACUGCAAGCGAAGCCACAGCUGCGGCUGUUGGCCUUCUAGCAAUACAAGUCGAUUUGUGUUGUACUCAAAUACAGCACGAUAAAUUCGUUUUCGAUGUUGGGAGCAGGGCGGAUUUUUCUUCUUGAUAGUGCGCGAAGAAGUUUGUGUUGGCGCACGAGUUUUUCUCGCGGUGGAUUAAAUCGAUUGAAAUCAUGGUGGACGGAAACAUUUUUGACGUGUGGUUCUAUGCAUUUUUGCAAAAGUGCAAUAUAGUAUCCGAUACUCGGUGUAUAAAAUAAAGUUGCGGUCGUGCAUGUAGUGAUAAGUCGAACUUCAUCGUCCCACCUGAAGAUCUAGAAGCAUUGCAUUUUUUUCUUGAAAUUUUUUUGCACGCUAUUCCUUUUUAUUAUAGUUCUCCGAUACUUUAACUUUUGCAAUGCAUAUACUCCGCAUGCCAGUGAUUUGCGAUUUUGUGUUGGGCAGUGCGAAAAGGGACAUUGUGAACAAAAUCAACUUCUCGUCGCCAGAAGAAAAAGCGGCCGAGUUCGUGGAAAUGAGCGAAGCGAUCUUCGCACAGGUACUUAUUCCACAAAUACUCCAUACUUUCUAGAAGCACUACUACUUAAACGACGAGGCAACACUAUUUCAUUUAUCUUGCCACCAGCACGAAAAUCUGACCAAUGGUGUUUAUUCAUGCGCUAGUACAACGAACUCCUACUUCAACUACGUAGAAGCAAAAAUGCUCGCACGUGAUGAAUUAUUUUUUUAAAAUAGCGCUGCAAAAGAAGAAGAACAACGUAAGUACUAUCUCUCAUCUACCUCUACACAGACGGAGCACACUCGUGCGCUUUCGAAGUGGGAGUGGCCGAUGGCGUUGUUGGUUCCAGGGCCGGCGAAGCGGCCGUUCAACUUUUUUCUGAAGAACGAUUCGCAGAACUUGAUGCGAAUAUCGGAGUACACGCUCUACAUCGCAGUAGUGUUAAAUUUGAUCCUGGGAAACAACAUGUACCUUGCUGACGUGAACGAUGUGCAGGGAGAUUUGCACCACCCCAUCUACCCCAUCCUCCACGCCGACGCCUAUUGGUCCGUGAUGGCAAUCGCUUGGUUCUACCAGGUGCUCUAUCACAUGCAAAUAUGUUGUCUGGCUCUGGGAGGUGGUCCUCUGGGCAAAGCGGCUUACUUUUGAUGUAGCGCAUGAACGCACUCUUACAAGUUUUAGUUUAUUUUUCGGUCACCUCGUCAUGGAGAAUUCAUUCGCAUGCAGCAAGCAAAGAAGUUGUUUGUUACCUCGUGGUCCCAGCACGACAAAAAAACUGGUCAUUCCUAUUCAUGCAACAGGAUUACUAAAGAAGAUUUUGGGGUUAAAAUUUAGUACAUUGAUUCCGCAAGAUCACACAUGACAUCUAUCAGCAUCCAGACCCACCAGACAUGUUUGCAAUGUAUAUUCGAAUGCUGAUUACCAGCUUUAUUUCCAUCUGCCUCUACUCCCCUCUGGACCUGCGCAAAUUUGAGGAAGAAACGAAAGUCGGCAAAAACGCGAGCUUUUUUGAGUACGUGAAGUCGACCAGGCCACUCGAUUAUCCACUGCAAUAGAACAAAUAUGGUCUUCAUCAAGUUGUCUGGAAAAUGACAACUGAGCUUGUCUUUGUCAUGGUAAAUGUGAACCGUGCAUCGAAGUAAAUCUGUGUUGCGUCAGCGGCAAAUGCUACCCAAUUUUCCUCGCCAAGCAAAGGGCGAACUUUCAUCAAUAUGGAAAAAUGGGUGUUUUCAAGCUCCGUUACGCAAUCUUUUGUGACGCAGUUGUAGCUGCUUCCUCUGGUGUUUUUUUACAACCUUUCUAUCUUCGUCAACUUCACGAGAAGAUUCGAUUGAUAAAUGACUAAUUCCAGAACAGCACCAUCCAAGUUUCAAUGCAUAUCGAAACCCUGUUGGCGGUGCUCACUCUGAUCGCCGCGGUAUACUGCUUUUCCAUUCUCUACAAGAUGCACUGGCUAUCCUACAGAAAAAAGCGGUCAGGGCAUAUUUGCGACGAAAAAAUAAGUUAAGACAGAGAAAUCAAAUCACUCUGUUUAAAUUCAUCUGUGCUGGGCGCUCCGCGUGCUGUUUAAAUUACAGCAUACAAAGGACAUGUUGCAAGAGGGAUUGGUUCUUUUGCGUCUUUAUUUUUGCAUUACAUACAAGUACCUGCUUUUUUUUCCGUGUGACACUGGCUGGCCUCCGUGAUUGCGGUUUUCUUUCUGUGCGGGUUCUGGGACGACAUUUGGCAGAAGCCGGAGGGGCACCGCCGAAACCACCGGUGUCCAAACAACUACUGGGCGCAUCUGAUUCGGACGGUCGCCUAUGCACCGCACAUAUGUCUGGGUCUGGAAAGGACAAGAAGUGAACUUCUCAUGCGCAUUCCACAACACACACAAAUCUCUCAUGCAUAGGCAGCAAAAGUUAAAGUUGCCCACUUUCUGUCAGGAAAUUGGGGGAUUGUCAUGCGGAUUAGGAAUUGUAGAAUCUUCUCGAUACCUGUGAAGAUGCUAGGGCCUCCAUGCCCGACCUUCUGUGUCAUCCAAAAACAGCAUGACAAAAAUCUGCACCCUUCCAGACCGAGACAUAUUUGCAUUUGAUAUCGCCAUCGCCGGGGAAAUAUGCAUUGCAAAAGUAUCGUACUAGUAUAGAUUGCAUCACAAAUUUUUUCAAGAAGAGAAAUGGAAUUUGUAAUGCUGAUUUAGCUAAAAAGGGAUAUUUGUCAUGCAUGAUCGCAAUUACUACGAGUACGAUACUUUUGCACAGGAUAGGAAAGAAGACCAAUCUGGCGCCGCGUCGGACUGUCCAUCAUUUGUUGGCUGGGCAUCUUUAUGAAUUGCAACAAAAGUACCGUAGUUUAAGUAUCUUAAUUGCAGCGCUGCCUGGAAUUGGAAACUCAAAUUUUUCAUCAGGCAGCUUACAACUACGUAGUAAUCUAUUCUAUUGAAAUCAAAGUACUUACUCUUAGUGCGGUACUUGUGUAAAAAUGCAUAAUCUUUGAUGCGUGGUAUUUCUUUUCCUUUCUGCUCCUGGACACGAUGUUUCAGUACCCCAUGCUGGAAAACGGUAUCGAAGCGGAAAAAAAGCUCACCGCACACGACCCCGAGGACCUCGACUGGUGGCCUUGCAUGACAAGAAAACAGGUUACUACUUCUUGCCACGUUCAGCAUUACAAGUUCCAAUGCAUACAAACCUGGCUUCUAUCGAAGUGGAUGAACAAGUUUGUGAUGCGCGACUCUGCUUAUUGAUGUCGUUCUCGUUUGUAGAUCCACAACAUUCCACCAGGUUUGUACAACUACUCCAACGCCAACGUCGUGCGCGGAAAAGAAAUUCGAAUUGCAUAACCUUGUUGAAAGCGGUGAUGAUACCGAUAAAAUCGCUGGGGCUGACCUUUCUACUUGGAAUGAUCAUCAUGUACACUUACGCGUUUGUGGGAUUUUACUACUUCCGCCCGGAUUUCUAUCGCACGAAAUACUUGCGGUCCCAGUCUCAACUUGUUGUAACAAGAACAACUUCGAUAAUUGUCGAUUUUUUUUGUCCUCGAAGACGCAUUAAAUUUGUCUCCAUUGAACUUCCCUUCACUGCUAAAAUGGGCGGUGUUGCGUCGUUCAAGAUGCCUGGCUCUCAAUGCAAUCCAGUGCAGACAAUUUACCUUCAGGAAACUUAGACAGUUCGUUAGCAGUUCCUGGCUCGCCUUGGCAGCUAUUACAGUGCCGAAGAAGCUUGCUCCACAUUGUCUUCCUGAUGCGCCAUGUCGAGCAUGGCAGAAUCUGUUAUGCUGGACAUGGCGGAAGAAAGCCAAGCAUAGGUGGCUUUCGUGCGUUUUUUCUUUUGCUUUUGAUGCAUCAGAGUUUUUACUUUAUAUGAAUGUGAAUCGGUAUGUAGCUGAAAUUCCAAUCUUCAAAAGGCCAUCUACUGAGACUGAGACAUUUUUUUUUUCUUGCGAUAUCCCUGAGGGCGCCUGCACAAAUAUCGCGGAUUGCACGGUGACGACGAUUUAUCAGGUAAUAUAGCAUCUUCAUCUUGUCUAGAAAUGUUUUUCUAGUUGCUCUCCAAAAACCGGUUACAAAUAUGAAAAUUCGGAAACAAACUGCAGAAAGAUGAUGCUACAUAUGGGUGGAUCGAAUGUUGUCUUCACCGCACCAUCAAGAGGAAGAGGUACAACAAGGAGGCAGCGUGAUCAUGAUCGAUUCUGUGUUGUAGUAAUAAAUCGAACGCCUUCAACUUCAACAUAACAUCUUCGACCAGGGCAUGCGUUCCGACAUCGGCUCCGCCCUGCACGGGGUUUCGCCUUCGGUUCCGAAUUGGUACGAACGAGUGGGCUACGACCUGUCCUACUUCAUCAUCAUCACCACCGUGCUGAUGAACGUGAUUUUCGGUAUCAUUUUGGACACCUUCGGGUCCCUCCGGGACGAAACCCAACAGCGGGAGGAGUACAUGAAAAAUGUCUCCUUCAUCUCCUGCCUGGACCGGUCGGAAAUCGAGAAGGCAGCGAGCGUGUUGGAGAAUCCAGAGAUCCGAUAUCCAGAAAAAAACACCCAUCCGCAUCCAUUUUUUGCAUGCCAAACACUGGACCUUAUGCAUGUUCUGCAUGACAAACUGGAACUGGAUGGGGAUGGGUGUUUUUUCCUGGAUAUCCGAUCCGGGUUCAAGUACGUGGAGGAGCAAAAGCAAAACAAGUGGAACUAUGCACGGCAAUAA